AUGCUAGUCGAGACGCGGCGAUGGCAGCGCUCGCUGUCGCUCAUGACGUUCAACCUGCUUGCGCCGUGCUAUUUCCGACACGGUGGUCGAGUUGAGAGUGAAGACAAGACGUCCUUUCUCGCUCGUGCACAGGCUGCCAUCCAAGCCAUUAAGCACGAGCAAUGUGACAUUGUUUGUUUACAGGAAUUUUGGUUCAAUCGCGAGUACCAGCGGGCGUUCCAAGAGGCUUUUCAGCCGACACAUUAUUUACACACAGCAAAAAGACCGGGGAAUAAGGAAGAUGGACUGGCUAUGUUUGUGGACAAACGUAAGUUUGAAUUGCAUUAUGUGGAAAAUGUGGAUCUGGUGGAAGACGCUGGCGAUCGCGUGGCGCUUCUGAUGCACGUGGCUACUAAAUGGAACCGCAAUACUGCGCGUCUCUCACAGCGGUCCUUUAUUGUGGUCAACUCGCACUUGACGUUUCCACAUACGCACAUGUAUGCGAGUUUACGACUUAAUCAAAUUGACCGCGUACUUGCUGCCGUCCGGAAAUACGUUGCCCGCCAGAAACUACAAGAUGUACCUGUGCUGCUUUGUGGAGACUUUAAUGACUACGACGACCCUGUGUACAGACUCGUGACGAAAAAUGGUUUUGCGAGCAUGUUUGCUCAUCUGCACGGCCGAGAAGCCAGGAUCACGCACUGCAACCACAACAAUAGAGAGGUGGGCGUCGACUUUAUCUUUGGAGCUCGAAUCCAGACUCCAGUAGCUGAUCCAGAGACUCUUACCACGUCGACACUACGACGACACGCAGACUUAACGCUUAGCGACGACGAUCAGCCCGAGAUUAACGAGUCGAGACUACAGUUGGAGCCUGUGGACUGCCAUCUUGUACCUAAGCGACUACCCGACGUGGUGAGGCUGAAGCGGCCGCAGUUUGGACACGACUGGCUUCAUGUAAAAGCCCCCUUGCUACUUAGUGAUGAGAAGGAGCUCGUGGAUUACUGGCGGAUGGUGUCGGAUCAUCGACCGCUGGUAGCGACGUUCAGUAUGAGGCACGGGGACAGCAGCGGAGCGAAGACAAAGGUUUCGUCAAUAGAUAAUGUGCAAGCGCUGACGGCCGAGAUGAAGGCGAGGGUGGAAGAUACCAUCCCGAUAGAUAUAGCGACCGACGGCCUCACUCCGUAA